UACAACCGUCCGUUCUAUGAACGGGCUCAAAACCUAGUUUUCUUUUAAUAAAGGAUAACAGCUUUAAUGCCUAAAUCGGUUAGAAGUUCCAAGUGGAAUUCAGUACCCUGUAUACAUAACAAUUUAGCGACAUCACAAAUAUAAUAGAUCGAGUUGAUAAUAAUAAUUAAACACCUAUGGGUGAUCAUCAGGUUGAGAUUACGUAUGAUAAUGAGGCCCAAAAAUCACCCGUGGGGCAAGUAUUCUCCAGACUCCACAGCCCGAAUUCGGAGGCGGUAAUCCACUGCACCAUGGGUUUAAGGGAUCCGAUUGAUGUGGAAAGCCUUAAGAAAGCUAUCUCAAAGUCUAUAAUGAUGAAACACCCAAGAUUCUGCAGUAUCUGGGUAAGAGAUAAUCGUGGUAGUAGAGAACACUGGAAAAGAACUCAUGUCAACAUUGAUGAUCACAUCAUUGUUCAUCAACAUGAAGAUGAAAUAACCACGAUCGAAGACGAAGACGAAGACAAUAAAGAAGCAGCAAUCAAUUCAUUCUUAGCUGAAAUAUCGGUGUCAACACCAUUGAAAGAAAACAGGCCAUUAUGGGAAAUACAUGUAUUGAUUGAAUUGAAUUGUGUGGUUUUAAGGGUUCAUCAUUCUGUAGGUGAUGCCGUUUCCUUGAUGUCUAUGCUUUCUGCUUGUUUUGGUAAAAAAGAAACCGGUAUCAGCGGAGUUGUCGUUGAUAAUAAUAAUAAUAAUAAUAAUAAUAAUAAUAAUAAUAAUAAUAAUAAUAAUAAUAUGAAGCUAAGGUUCAAGAGUGUAUGGUUUGCGUCUGUGUUAUCACUAAGGGUCUUAGGAAGGGUAUUAUGGGUAAAAGACAAGGUUAGUCUGCUAAGUGGUGGCGACGGGGUUGAGCUUUUGCCAAGGAAAAUCGUCACUGCUAACUUUUUGAUAGAGGACUUCAACUCUAUCAAGCUGGCCGUCCCUAAAGCAACGGUUAAUGAUGUGCUCUUAGGGAUCAUAUCGUCUGGGUUGUCUAAGUACCUUAAUAUCAAAUCGUCAAAUGAUUUGCAGCAAGCCGUUCAAUUUACUGCAAUGAUUCCAGUCAAUCUACGAAAAGACUUCUUUCUACAUGACAUUUCGGAUUUGAUGAUGAGCGGAUCUAAAUCCGAAUUUUCUGGAUGGGGAAACAAAUCGACCGUUGUAUUCCUUACAAUUCAUCGUCGUAAUGGGGUUCAUCCUUUGGAACAUGUCAAGGCAAUUAAGGCAGUUAUGGACAAAAAGAAGAAAUUUUCUGAGGCUCAAAUCAUCGGUAGACUAGCCAACCGUAUAGUUUCCUAUUUUGGUCUCAAGGUGGGUUGUUGGGUCUGUCGCAGAAUAGAAGAUCAUACAACCUUGCUCAUUUCAAACAUUAGGGGUCCUUCAGAAGAAUUAGUAAUUGGUGACAACCCUGUAACGUACAUAAAAGUGAAUGUUUCAAGCUUAAGCCAGAGCAGGCCAUUACGAUGCACAUGGUGAGUUAUGGCGGACAAAUAAACUUACAGGUGGUUGUAGCUAAAGAUAUCAUCCCUGAUCCAGAAUUAUUAGUCAAGUGUUUUCAGGACUCUUUUCUAGAAAUGAAGAAUUUCAUUAGUACAAUAUAAACCAAGUUUAGAUUCAUGUAUAUUUAUUACAUUCCAUUUCUUAAAUGGGCUAAUGUAUAACUAUACUUCGUAUAUGUUUUUUGUCCAGCUAUUAAAAUAUGUAAUAAUUGUUACAAGGAUAUUUUUGGUAUUUCUUAUCUUAAAAAUACUCUAAUUUUGCA